CACUGACGUGUGAAGCUCUGAAGCCAUCAUACACAGACCUUGACUUCACCUCUUUCAUCUGCCUGUGGAUAAGGAUUAGAAGACGGUAGCUCAAGUAAGCAUUCUCACCAGACUGAGGUAAAGAGAACCUACGGUAAUCCUUCUGAAUUUCUGGACAUCUAUACAAAGUCCGGGCCCGGCGUCUUCCGACUCGAUCAAAUUCCUUUGACCAUGAUUGACGUUGGUGGCUGGGAUUGGGAGGAAAAUAAUAACUCGCCUAGAGAUUUCGACGACAUGUCUAUACACUGGUUGCACGAAGAGUACUUACCAGCAUAAUUCGCCCGUGACCGAGAAAGGCGCGAAUGAUAUCCGAUCACUGGUUGCAACCCCCAUGAUUGCGACUUCGGAAUGCAAUAUUUGCAAGCAUCACCUCGCUUGCACAUAUACUUACCAAUGUGUUGUAAUUGUAAAGCAUUUUCACCUUUGACUCUCAACCGGGUCGGAGGUGUGCUUAGCAAUACAAACGUCUGGUUUGUGUGUGCUAAGUUAAAGCCUUGAGGUCCGUACACACCACCUAUCUCGCUCUGACUAUACUAUUCACCAACUCUUGUAGGUGAAAGCAUGAACUACGCUGCCAGCGGCGAUCUGUUUGCGCCACAAAGCGCCAGUCAUGUCAACUCCUUCGGCGCUCAUCCUACUGCCAACCAAGAAUCAGAACCAAAGAGCUAUGGGUCGGCUGCGCCCUCAAUAAUAUUCAAUGAGGUGUCAAUUAGACCUAACCAAUCCGAAGAUGCUCCCAUAACAGAUGUUCCGGACGGCGGACUGAAGGCGUGGCUUGUAGUUGUCGGUGCAUACCUGGCUUUGUUUUCAUCUUUCGGUGUAGUAAAUGCCUAUGGAGUUUUUCAGGAAUAUUACACGACAACCCUUCUGCCCAACGCAUCACCAUCCGUUAUAUCCCUUAUUGGCUCGUUACAAUUAUUUAUUCUUUACGGUCUAUCGCCAUUGAUAGGCAAGCUAUUUGAUACCUAUGGACCAAAUAUUCUGCUUCCACUAGGUUCUCUCAUCAUCGUGGCCUCUAUGAUGCUUCUUUCCAUAUGUCAAGCGGGCGAGACAUAUCAGUUUUAUUUGUGUCAAGGUGUUCUGUUCGGCAUUGGCAACGCAUUAAUUUUCACGCCGGCCCUCGCUAUUGCGGGUCAUUGGUUCAAGCGGAAGAGGGCUUAUGUUAUAGGUAUUAUAGCUUCGGGUAGCGCACUCGGCGGCAUCGUCUAUCCGAUUCUAUUGCAGCGGCUUAUUUCCAGUCUUGGGUUUGGUUGGGCUGUUAGGGUGGCCGCGUUUGUGACAAUGGCGUGUCUGUGCAUUUCGUCAUUGACCAUACGCACGAACCUCCCUCUGAAGAAGGAGUUUUCUCUUGCGGGAGCGGUCGAUUUCAGCGGAUUUUUGGACGUGAAGUACACAUUGUCUGCAAUUGGUGCAUUCCUUGGCUUCUACGCCCUCUUCAUCCCGUUCUUCUACAUAGAAUCCUACGGGCUUUUCCAAGACGUAGAUCCGACUUUGGCGAAAUACCUCCUUGUCAUCAUGAAUGGCCUUGGCAUCCCGGCGCGUAUUCUGCCCGGGUUAUUGGCAGAUAAAGUUGGAUCGUUGAAUGUUCUCAUUCCCACUAUGUUCUUGUCUGGCGUCUGGUGCUUCGCCAUAUGGCUCCCCUCUCGUGGUGCAGCGUCUGUAACGGCGUUUGCAGCGCUCUAUGGUCUAUUUUCCGGCGGAUUUGUUUCACUCUUGCCUUCGUAUAUAGCUAGCAUCACGCCAGUCGAGAAAUUUGGUGCCAGACUUGGUUCUAUAUACUUCGUUAUCGCAAUAGCGAACCUCGUUGGAACGCCGACAGCUGGCGCUUUCCUUAAAGAAAUAGACCAAAAGCAUUUUGAAUGGCUCAUCAUCUUCACGGGAACUCUCAUCCUCGCCGGCGCGGCAACGUUCACAGCUGCGAGAUUCGUCCAUGCUCGCAGUGUAUUUGCUAGGGUCUGAUAUGAAAUGUCUUAGACCCGAGCAUAGUCCAAAUGACAGAUGAGGGAGUGCUAUUAUACUCUAGAAAGUUAUCACAUGUAGCUGAUACUGGUCAUCUGGACCGUCGUAAUCCCUUAGGAUCUGUAAUAUACAAAUUGAGCGCUUUGAAUAUAUGUAGACUAGAUUCAGAGGCUGAUUAUGCGUGUUCCGAAGUCAGCAACAGGGUAGGAAAAGUUCUGGCCAGGACAUGACAUGAACAUGAGGGUCGUAGGUACUUGCAACCUAUUUGCAAGUGCAGCAACAUUGAGAGGAUUAAACGGACCACGAACAAGGACCUGAGGAGAAACAUCGGUCAGGAGCAUGAAUCUGUGAUCGAAUUAGAAGCUCAGAAGCUUACCAGGUCCACGGUGAUCUCUGGGAAUGCUUCAUCGAGGACUACGG